GUACGGUGUAGAGAUCUACUGCCCCACUGCGAAUUUGACCAAUCACAGCUUGUUGUUGGACGUUACACGGGUUCUCUUUUCUUCCUCCAGAAUGAGAGAAGACAAUACCCAGGACACCAUUUGCCAGUGUGAUUAGGAAUCAUAUGGGAAUUUCAGUAAUGCGCAACAGUAGUUCAAGUUGGAUUCUGCCUAUACAGGUGGAUGAAAGGACAGAGCAAGUGACACUUUUCAAAGGAGGAGUGAGUCAUUGUGUACCGCAUUAAGAUUACAGUGAAAUUUUAAAUGAACACUUUCAGUCAGUGUGAAAAUGUGAUCUUUAUACAUAGUUUUUUUUAAAUUUUUUUUUAGGUUUUUUGUUGCUUGAAGAUGCUUCCUACUUCACGUCUGUGUUUCUUCAUGUGAAAUAACUACAGGAUGACUUCUAAAGUUGAGUUUGUGCCUCUGAAAGAUGCCUGGGUCACUCUGUGUUUUCUUGGGGAUGGAAUAGCAGGAAAACAGAUGAUUUAACCAUCAACUUUUGGUAUUUUAUUGGUAUUGUUGGUAUUUGUACCACAAGAGUAAUUCUACCGACAUGAAUCCAAUCAGUCAGCAUCAGAAUGUCUUCAUUUCUUUUGUGGAAAACACAACAAAGAAAAACAAUUCAGAAAAAUCUCUGGCCUUAUCUAAAUUGAAUAACAAUCGGAACAGAUUUUCUUGUGACAAAUGUCGCUUUUCAUCCAUAGACGUGGAUCAGUUCAAUAAGCAUGUUUUGCAGCACGUGGAAAUGACCUUCUCUUGCUCUUAUUGCAACCAUGUCUCGUACACCAGAGGCGAAUCUCAGCGGCAUCUCGUUAAGCACACUGGCACCUUCCCCUUCAAGUGCCAGUUCUGCCCCUAUGGUGCAGUGAGAAAUGACUACAUCGUGAAGCACACUCAACGAGUUCACAAGGUUUUUGAAGAGAAAGCCUCAUACAGAGUCACCAAGACUAAUUUAGAACAGCAGCCCCACUCGACCAAAACGCACAUGUAUGCAUCACCCUUGAGCACAGACGUGGACUUGCCCCCUGUGGGUGUGGUUAGUAAUGCACCAGUCAGCAGUGAUGCCGUUGGAAAGACAAGUAAUUCUAGUGGUUUGUCCAAGGUCCAGGUGGAACUUUUGUCUCCCCUAAAUGAACCCAUUCAGCAUGACAAACCCUUGACUAUUGCUUAUCCACCAGAAAUGGACAUACCCCCUGGCUGCUUUGUUGAACUCGUGGAGGUGAAAACAGUCAAUGGGACCAAGGAGCUGGAGCUUAAGUUAGUCUCACAGCAAACUGCUGAAACCAAAUCACCUGUGAAGAAUUUGGAGGCUCAAACUGGGAGUGUCAGUGUUCAAAACAGCCACAUAGAUAAACCAACCUUCAGAUGCAGUGUCAUUGCACAAGAGAGCAAGGCAAUCCAUCCAGAGCCUCAUAUUGUAAACCAGAAUGUGAAAAAAAGGGAUUUCUCCUCAGUAAAAACUGUGUUGAAUGUGUCCCGUGAUCGAGGUCCAAACUUAAAAGAACACUCGAAAGAAGCACAAGGGGCUGUGAAAGAAAAAUCUGGUGAGCUUGAGAGGGAAUUUGGUGGCAAAACUAGGAAGGAAGCAUCGAAAAGUGUGCGCCAGCAAAUGGGACAGAAAUCACUGAGUUCCAGUAAACUCAAGAGUCCUUUUCAGCCUCAGUCCAUAUUAUCUACUCAAAGUACUGCAAAUAAUGCCGUCCAGCAGAGUGUUGUCAGACCCACUGUACCCUCAAAAACCUGUAAUAUUGUUCCUAAGGAGGAGGUAAUCUGUGACUUUCCAUCACAUCCAACAAGUAAUUCCUUCACUCCCUGUGGGAGUGAUACUAUGACUAAAGGGAACGGCUGUCCUCUGGAUUUCAUGCCUUUUGUCAACCCCAUUUCUGAGAAAGUUGCUGAUGAUAAGGAUUCACAUGAUGCUCCGGCUACCACUGAGCUACCAGUCAUAUCAUCAGUAUUUUCCAUUAGUCAAGGCCCUGGGGAUUUCCCAGGCUGCAUCAGGUGGGAGCAGGCUUUAAACAACAACCUGGGAAUUUUCCCUCAGAAUGGGAACAUAUCUGCUGUUCCAGAGCAAGGGAAUUCAAAAAACAUAUUGUCCACCAGACGUACAUCAACGUCAGUGGAUACCUGUGGCAGCCCUAAAGGAGGAACAAAUCAUAAGCUCACAAGUAAAGGAGAAAAAGGCACUAACACAGACAGUGUUAAGACGGACUCGCCGAGCCCUGCCAGUGAAGCACCAAGGUCUCCAUUGUUGGGUCAGACUUACUUACCCCAGCUGAACAACAUUUCGCCCCGUGACCUGGUCAAAAAUCCAGUGGACGCUCCCGCUAAACAGAAAAAUAAAAAAAUUCUGGAAAGCUCCGUGCCCAUGUUCAUUCCACAAGGAGCCGUGCUGAAGAUCUCUGAGUCCAACAAGUCCUCACUUACUCUGAAGAUAUCCACACCAGCUUCAGAGAUGAUAGGCAGCUGGAUGCCCAGGCCUGUCCUUUUCAGCAGUUUAAAUGAGCAGAACAUUUUGGACACGGACCACUCUUCCCAGAACAAGGUUCCUAAGCUCUCACUGAAAAGGAGGAAAUCAGGAGCAGAAAACAAGGGUUUGGAUGAAGAAUGGGAGCAACAGGAUUCGCAGACUCAUGAUGGGUAUGAUGAUGCUUGGAAAUUAGCCAAGCACAAGAAGAGGAAAAAACACAAGAAGACCUCUAAAGCAAAAUCCUCAUCACAAGUGACAAAGAAAACCCAAAGAGACACAGGAAGACUCUGGCUGAUUCCGCUGAAGGAGGAUCAGCCGGUUAAAUGCCCAGGGCCUGACCAACCCGUUGUUGUCCUUAAUCAUCCAAAGCCACAGGCUUUUAGGGUGAGGACCAACAUGCAAACCAUGCUUAGAGGCAACACGAACCUCCCCAACUGUGCGCUCCCCACAGGAGAACGGUCUGUUAUGUGGCACUCAAGGACAACUCGACAAUCAACGGACCAGACCCGGCACACAUUAAAAAUGAAACUAAAGAAGGUCCAUCAAAACAAAUACCAGAUAGUGGGAUUUGUAUUUAGAGACACUCCAACAGACACUCAAGUGCUAGUCCGGUGAACAUGUUUUUAAGAAACAUAAAGGAAGAAGUCCUUGGAUGUGGAAGACUGAAACUACAGAGAACUUAACAUAACAGAGUUGUGAAUAAGGCAUGUUUUAGGUGUUGUAGUAGGUGUGUUACAUCUGAAAAGGCAUUUCAAUAUCUUUGAGAUAUCCAUGAAAUAUAUUUCUGUUUUCUAUAUUGUAUAUAGGUUGAAUCACUGUCUCGUGUGUCUAUAUCAUUUUUUUCUAUACAAGCAACCUUAUUAGGUAUUUAAUGCUCCCUGAAAAUACCAUGGAAAAUUACAUUGGAUUCCUUAUUAAGGAAUUUCCAGCAAUGUUGUUUCAUGAAUAUAGUUCACAGCAAAAAGCAAAUGAAGAGUGUGAUUGUUGAUAAUAAGUAUGUCUUAUUAUUUACCAAUUAAAAAUUGGCUUAGAAUUGGUCAAGUUUAUAACAUGGGAGGAAAAACCAGUAUGACAACUGAGAAUGCCAAAUGUUUAGUGCAAUUUGUUUUUUCAUUUUCUGUGAAAUAUGUACAGCUAAUGAGAAGCUAUUUACAUUAUGUUAAUUUUUUUUUUUUGUCUGUGGUUGCGAAGUUUAGGAAAUUUAAUUUCACUCUGUUGCAGUGUUUAACAAGCGUGAUCAUGUAGACAUGGUAUUUAUGGCUUUUUCCAGUUGAGCUCAGUUAAUAUUUUUUAAAUUUGUUGGAAGGGCAGAUGCUAAUAAAAUAUGUUGUAAAAAAUGAACACAUUAUCCUCAAAUAAGACAACAGAUUUAAUAUAGUGUUGUAAUGUAAAUUAAACUCUUUAAUUGCCAGUUAAAACAAAUUUUAAGUGCUCAAUGGAUUUAUAUAUGUAAACCCAAUGUAGAGCUGCCAGUUUCGAGUUCCGGAAUCGUGAUCACAGUGAGUUGUAUCCUUUUUGAGGUUUUUCUUUUUCUUUUCUUUUUUGUAUGGAAUCUCAUUAGUUUACAGCCAAGAACAGUAAUCCCAUCAACCAUUGACUCCUGGAAGUUUCUGGUGAAUUGUCAGUACAUGUUAAUUUUUACCUUCUAAUGGAGAUAGCUUUUUUGUAGUAUGUGCACUCCAAACAUCAUCUUAGAAUGUGUGUCAUGAUAUUAAUAUGUAACAUUACGAAAUCUUACCUUUAAUGAGUGUAUCAGUUAGUGUCUAGCCCAGAUGAAACCCUUCUUUGAUUGGCCAGAGGUUUAAUACCAUUGAAAUAAAAAGUGUUUGAUGUACAUAUUCAUAACUAACAGUGUUAGGCUGGAUUUACCUGAGGUGUUGAGCUGAGGUUUAACAGAGGUUAACAUGCAAUACCAAAAACAAUCUCCUUGUCUUGGUCCACCAGCAGAUUCUUGUGGGCUGCUCAGAAACUGCCUUUAGAAACAUGGUUAACAAUCCUUGCAUACUGUUGUUAAUGAAAUGUUUUAACAUCAGAAUUGCUUUCAUUUUUUAAAGUCAUAUAAUUUGCGUUAUUGUUAAUUUAGCAUUUGUUGCUAGCACUUUUGAAACCAUUUAAAGUACUUUUUUUAUCUUAAAUGAACAUUUCUCUUGAGGGUAGCUUAUUUUCUGUAGUUUUUAAGGUUUUUUAAGGUGAAGGAACUUGUCCUUUGUGAAACCGCUUUUUCAAAGUUAAUUAGCCCCACUAUUGACAUAUUUGAGGUCAUAGGCAAAGACUGUUGGGGGGAAGAUUUGGAUUUAUUUCUCCAGGGCCCGGCAGUUCAAAACUUUUUAUCUCAAUCAGAUCCGAUCAGAUGUUGAAAUCCCAUAUUUUGUGACCCAGGAUCAGACAACUCAGCCAGAUUUUGUCCAGGUAUUUCAAAACAAUUCAGGAUAGGAUCACCCUGAUCCAGAUUCAGACUUUUCAAGAUAACCAGAUCCUGAUUAUCAGUGCUUUAAAGCCCUGGAACAUUACUGAGAAAGAUUACGAUUUUCUAACCUUCAAAUUAUAUAUAAUAUUCGGGGGGCUUUAAAGGUGCAAUAUGUAACUUUUUGAGUGUCGAUUUUUAUGGCCCUACAAAUGUAAACAACCUUUUCUUUUUUUAACAUCUAAAAUUAUCUUUUAACUCUGACAGCUCUUGAUACAAGGAAUAGCAGUUUGAGCCAUUUAUUAAGAAGAAUAUAAUAAAUCAUUUUGUGCCACGUAUAUAACAGCACUUGAUUUAAAUCAUAAUAAAAAGCCACAUUUGAAUCAAAAACAAUAAAUCUAAUAGGGACACUUGUUGUACGUCGCUCUGGAUAAGAGCGUCUGCUAAAUGCCUGUAAUGUAAUGUAAUAAUGUAACAACAACAACAAAAAUUUCACAGAUCCUCUUCAUUGAAAGGCAGCUCUAGAGCAGCAUCUUCAAGGCGUGCUUUGAUGGACUAGUGCUUAUUAUUUGUAGAUAAUUGUUUGAUGAUUCAAAAUUUAAUUUAUGAUUGAUAUAAUAUUUGUUGAGAUAACUUUGUGAUGAUAAACUUAAUAUUUGGUUGAAUACAGUGUUCUGAGAGGUAGGCUAGAGGCCACUGUAAAUGUGACAGAAAAAAGUCAAUAAAAAUUUUGCAACCAUUGAGCCUACAAACAAUGUAUUAUUUUAAUUUACAAACUCUACCAUCUUUUUUAUAUUGAAAUGUAUUUUGAAAUGAAUUGUAUACUACAUUUUGUUAUGGUAAUCCACUCUAAAUCCACCAUUCUACUGGGAUCAAGGUAAUCCUGAUUUUUUGGAUCAAAAUGAUCCCAAUCCUAUGUUAAAGUUUUGAAGUACGCGUUUUGAAGAUUUGAUCCAGAUUAAAGCUAGGAUUCAAUUACCUCAUCUGAUCGGAUUCCAAAGUGAUCCCAAUCCUGUUUUUUGGUUUUGAACUGCCCAUUUGCAAGAUUUAAUCCAAUCCGAUAGUCAAAAUCUGAUCAAAUCACUUUUGAACUCCUGGGCCCAGGCCAUUGGAAAUAGUGCUAUUUAUAUCUGACCAUCUCUGUUAACUUGGUGAUAAAGGAUAUAAACGGCAAUGUCUAUAUUGGCAAAUAUAAGCUUUUUUAAAGCAUAGCUUUCCCUGAGAAACAAAAAUACAAGGAAGCGGAGUGCCCUGUUCUCCUCAUAAAUUAUAUUGGCUACAUCAUGGAAUUCAUGUUCCAACAGCAAGAACAACUUCAUCUAAAGCCUUUUUUUUAGGUUAUCCUUGUAAAAAUUGUGUUGGGGGUCCUACAGUACCUGGUGCUUUUUCACCUUGACAGUAAACUUUGUGUGGUUCAUCUUGCUGAAUUUCUUGAAAUACUCUCAUGCAGCGUGUUUACUUUGGGUUUUUUUAAGGUUGUAUUGUGACUUGUGAUUGGUUAAUCUUUCAUUGAGCCCGGAGGACGUAUAUGUUUCUGUUCCUUUAGUCAAUGUGUUGAAAUAGCUGCCUAAAGAUAAACAUUACUAAACAUCUAAAUAUAUUCAUCAAACAUUAACUAAACAUCUAAACAUUUAGUAAACAUCUUAAUUUAUUUUGGUAAUUCAGUGACACCCAAUUUUCAUUUGGAAAGCGGUAUUUCAAAAGCAGAUCUCUGUGAUGACUCAACAACAUCAACAACAAUAUGCAUAUAAAUUGCUCAUCAAAUACAGUCUUGGACUGUGUACGCUCCACUUCUGGUAUAAUUCCAGCCUCAUACCAUCACAUUGGGCUAAAAACAACUGACUUUUAUUCAUAAUUAACAUGGUAUGACACUUGUUAUGUUAUAACACACAUUCUCCUCUGAAGGAGGCAAUGCUAUGUGACACCUCAUUACAGUCACGCUUGCAGAUAGGAUUUGGAAGAAGAAACUUCAUGUGCAGCUAAACAGAAGAUGCGGUGGUCACUACUGUGAUAUGAGCCACUGUCUUCCCUGCAAUUAUGGAGCCAAUUAUGUGUUGCACUGUGGAGCAACCAGCUGCAGUAGGCACUGUUACAGUCUGGAUUCAAUACUAGAACCUUUGGCCCAUCCAUAUGGUGGAACAGUGCCUUAACAGGAUGAGGCACCCAGCAGCUCUAUUGUGAUUAAUUUUAUUCUCUAGUUACUGGCCAACCUCUAUGUUAUGUUGCUCCACUUCACGUGUUAUAUUAUUACACGUGACGUGGCUGUGUUCUAAGUUGUUCCUUAAAUAAGGAUUAUAAUUACUAAAGCAUGCCACCAGUUUUUAUUUUUUAUUUUUGGUGAACUGGAAGAGACAGUGGGUUUCAGUCCGUGUGUGGUUCACGCCAGCUUUUGAACUACUUAGCCACUUGCAUAGCCAUUUUAUUACAUAUUCAUUUUGACUGUAAUGUGGGAAAGAUGACAGGGUUUAUUGUUCUAGCACAUUCUAUUUUGUUUUUACUUUUUUUAAACUUUAUUUUCACAAUGUGAGUUUGUACUUUGAGGUUUUCUACUACUGAAUGGUAGGCAUGUUCUGGUCAAAAUAAUUUUGUUUUCAUUGUCAUAAGAUAAAAAUAGUCUGGAUUAAUUUGGUUUUUUGCUUUAUGUUUAUUAUUAUCUUUACAAUCCUUUUUUUUAAGAACACAGUUUGAUUAUGUAACACAAGUGGAAUGUUGAACAUUCUUAUCUUGUGUCAAAUGACCUUGUAAUGACACUGUUUUUGAGUGUUACUUUCUCUUAUUGAAGUAACUACUGAUUCUUCUUGAAUAUCUUCCAACACUGUUGGCUUUGGUUUGUCAUGGCUAUUUUAUAUAAUUUCAUUACAAUUUUGCCGAAAUAAACGAAAAAAAAA